CAACCCGGAAGUUUAGAAAUGGAGGACACGUUGAUAGAAACUCUGCAAAACGAUGAUCUAUUUCAACAAUUUCUUGCUGAGGAGUUUGAUGUUAAGGCCCAUGCCACUCAAGUCAUACAAGGUGUGGCAAUAUCACAACAACUAGCUCAAUUAGCAGAGGGCAUCAGCCUGCUUGACAAAGAAUUACAUUCCCAGGUUGUGAACCACCAUGAGGACCUACUAUCUCAGGCUACAGGGGUUGAAACAUUGGAAGGGGUGUUGGAGAUGAUGCAGACUAGAAUUCAGUCUCUCCUUGCUGCAGUAGAAAGAAUUAAGAGCAAGAUCACAGAGCCUUAUAACAAACUUGUAACUAGAACUGCCCAGCUCAGGAGACUGCAGGAAACAUGUGACUUACUAAGGAGAAUCAUCCGUAUUGUGUACUUGAGUAAAAGACUUCAUGGUCAAUUACAAGGGGGCUCUAGGGAGAUCACAAAGGCAGCACAGAGUCUUAAUGAAUUAGACUAUCUAUGUGAAGGUGUAGAUUUGAGUGGAUUGGAAGUCAUUGAACAAGACAGGAGAUUCAUGAAACAGGCCAGGAGGGAGGUUGAAACUCAGGCACAUACACUGCUCACCCAGGGUAUGGAAACACAGAACCAAAGUCAGGUGGCCACAUCUCUUCAGGUGUUCUAUAACCUUGGCACUCUCAGUAGCACUGUUAUGUCUGUAGUAGAAGCCUGUCAGGACCAGCUCAAGGAUGGUGUCAAGUCUGCCCUUGAUGUAGCCACCAUUACCAAUACACAGUCUAAAAGUACAAGUGGUCCAGGUCGGUCUACUAUGCCUACUACUGGUAAUACAGCACAGUUUAGAGCCACUUUGUGGACAAACAUGGAACGUUUAAUGGACAGCAUUUAUGCCUCAUGUGCUCAGGUUGACCAGUUAGAGAAGGUGCUUGUCAAGAAGAGGGAUCCUGUAACACAUGUUUGUUUCAUACAAGAGCUCCAUAAGAGUGGAGAGAAAAAUAUUAUGAUGAAGUUCUGGGAUGCCAUGGCUGAAAUCCUCACUGAUCAAUUCAACACAGCAGCAAACUCAUCAACAUUCAUUAAACAAGCAUUUGAGGGAGAGUAUCCUAAAUUGUUGCGCUUGUACAAUGAGCUAUGGAAGCGCCUGGAGCCAUUCAGCAGUCACAUGGUGGCUGAGACACAAUUCUCACUUGAUCUGGAGGAGAAGAGCUCCACUGAACAAGAUUCAUACAAAGCCGAAGCUAGUCUUAAAGCAUGUUUGCAAUCAUUUGAGACUGCUUACUUGUCAAGGUCUCUCUCACGUCUCUUUGAUCCCAUCAACCUGGUCUUCUCAGGUCCCAACCAGAGCCCACCCACUGGAGAGGAGCUGGAGGCCAUUGUGAAGACUAUUGCCAGUGAGUUGAAUGUUGCAAGUGUUGACAGCAAACUGAGCAGCAUGGUGUCCAAGAAUGUGGCCAAAACAUUACAGCUCUACUGUGUUAAAUGCGAACAACUUCUGUCCACUGAUGGAGAAGCAAGCCAGGUGAUUGGUCCUCCCACAGCUGGUCAAUCCCGUAAUGCUGCAGUUGUUAAUGCUCUCUAUGACCUACACAUCCAUAUCGGCAAGGUAGUCACUGGAAUGGCAACCCUCUCUGUUGAAGCAGUGGAGCCAAUUCAGCAUGCCUUACAGGGUGUCGUUUCAUUGAUGGGGACAUCCAUACAGCCUCUUCUUGGUUCCAUCUCUGAUGCUUUAGAGGCUAUCAUCCUAACCAUGCAUAGUGAAAACUUUGCUCUGGCUCGUGUAGAAGAUGUUGAAGGUGAAGCUACGUGUUCAUUGUACAUGAAGGAACUGCAGCAGUUCAUACAGCGGGUACACAGCACUUAUCUAUCCCAGUUUACAUGUACAGACUACAUCAUGGACAGUAUCCAGCCCGUGGCUUGCAGGGCUAUUGAUCUGUUUGUGCGUCAUGCUAGCCUUAUACGACCUUUGGGAGAUGGGGGCAAAAUGAGGCUUGCAGCAGACUUUGCUCAGAUGGAACUAGCUGUCACUCCACUUUGUAGGAGAGUCUCUGACCUUGGCAAGCAGUACAGACUUCUCAGAGCUUUCAGGCCCCUGUUGUUCCAAACCAGCGAGCACAUUGUGAAUAGCCCUGCUGUUGGGGAGGUGAUACCUUACAGUACAGCUCUCCACUUCAUGUUUGCCAGAGCACCCCCAGACUUGGCCUCCCCACACCAGGCUGCAAACUGGUCUCUCAGUAGAUACAGUCAGUGGUUAGAGGAUCAUACUUCAGAGAAGGACCGUCUGCAAUUGAUCAAGAGCACACUGGAGUCUUAUGUUCAGUCUGUGAGAGUGAAGGGAGGCAAGGAGUUCGCUGCAAUAUAUCCUAUCAUGUUGGACAUUUUACAGAAGGCAUUACAUUGACACAAUGCAGAAACAUUCAUCACUUAACUGGCACUGAUUCUCUAGUACAUUAUUGUCAUGUAUCUUAAAGUAACUGUAUGGUGACAAUACUAAAAAUAUCUCAAUAUAUCAAAGGUUAUCAUGUUUAAACAAUUCUCUGUAACAGAUUAUAAAUAAUUCGAAGAUGACUAAAACAUCAAAAAUAGAAAAAAUGUUUUUUGGUGCAGUGCUAUACAACUGAUUAUGAUUUAACUCACAUAGCUUGUUUUUCUUUCUUAUUUAUGUUUAUAUAUCAAAAUGAAGCUUUUCAGUUUCAUUUCAAUAUAUUUGUUUUCAAAAGUUCCAUGCUUUAAGUGAUGUUUGUGGAGAAGUGAUUUGUCUUACAAAUGUUUGCAUAUAAUACUAAUCUGCAUGGAUAGUAUUGUUAACAUAAUUUAUUGAAUCCAAUCCUUGGAUGGUUGUACAGUGUAUAUAUUGUAUAUAUGUCACUUAUAAAUUGUAAAUAAUAUUUGAAAUUGUAAAUAAAGAGGGAUAUGAAAUAUUAAUAUUUU